AUGGCCUCAAAAUCACACCAGUAUCCUUUGGUCAAGUUACCACACCCUUAUCUGACCGCAUAUCGUGUGAACACCAUUGCUGGAUCAACACCAGCUAAGCGCAACUUGACACUUGAUGAGCAGCCCGCAAAGGGCCGGCCUUUGCCUGAACAGCUACACUCAGACUCGCUUUCAUGGUUUGACUUGACAUUUAUUCCCAAGAUUGAACAGCCACCUAUUUCAGAUAACACUCCCUGGGGUCGCGCGCGUCGCAGUCCCCAGACUGUCUUCGAAUGGUCAGGGAACAGCGCCCCUUCUUUGGGCCAAAUUUGGAACGUGAUUCACGCCAUUUAUCUCGGCCACCCAACAAUCGAAUAUUUCAGACUGACUCUGUCCGGCGCGGGGCAAGAAGUAAUCCAAAAUGAGCUUCUUACCACCGGGUUGGCAAUCAAGCACCCGAGGAACCUGCGCGACAGAGAAAACAAGGCUCUGCAAUUCGAUGAUUUGCUGAUCCUCCGAAGCGCCUUCUGGCAAGGUGCUGCUUCUCCAAUGGGCCCUCGUCCCAUUUGGGUGGUGGGAGAUGGCACAGACGGCCCCAUGCGGGAGCCUUUGUCCCAGUAUCCCAUCAUGCCGGAGAAUUAUCAAGUCACAAACAAGUUCCCCGAGGAGCCUGUAUAUACCCGCCACCCAACUCGCCGCCCCAAGCCGCACCCCGGAUCCAUUGCCUACAGUCGUUACAUCCCAGAGAUCAACGAGCACUUCUCACUCGAAGUCGUUGACUGGGAAAGUGCGGAGCACGUCCAGCUGUUUAACAAGUGGCAAAACGACCCGCGUGUUGCCGCAGGCUGGAACGAGACUGGAACUAUCGAACAGCACACCGAGUAUCUGCGCAAACUGCACUUUGAUCCCCACGUAUUGUGCUUAUUCGGACGCUUCGAUGACACCCGCUUCUCGUACUAUGAGUUGUACUGGUCAAAGGAGGACCACUACGGCGCCCACUACGAUGCUGGAGACUAUGAUCGCGGUCGUCACUCUCUCGUCGGCGAUGCCAGCUUCCGAGGUGCACACCGCGUGAAUGCUUGGUACUCGAGCUGCAUCCACUAUGUCUUUUUGGACGAUCCCCGGACCGCUAAUGCUGUCGGCGAGCCCAAAGCCACUGGCGGGACCAUUUUGUCUUACGAGAACGCGCAGGGACUCACAAUUGGCAAGUACGUCGAUCUUGGACAUAAGCGAUCGGUGCACUCAAUUUGCAGUCGCGAAAAGUGGUUCCAGUUGUGUCCUAUAUUCUGGGACGGGCGCGAGCGGCCUUUGGAAUCUGCUGAUCGCGCCGCGUGGAAUGCCAAGCUGUAA